AUGGACAUUUUCGACAUCCACAACGUCAAAUCGGAAAAAAAUAACACUAUCCUACAGUACCGGCGGUUUAAAAAAAUCGCUAAACUAUUCCGUCUCGUUGAGCUGUUAUCAGCUGUGGUGUUACUCUCAUGGAUCUCAACUCGACUGCCGUUCGUCAUCAAACUUUCCGGCGAGUACUUCCGUCAGCUUCUCUCCGUUAUCGUCAGUCCUCUCUUCAUUUUUCUCAUCGGUAACGUCAUCGUUCUCACUCUCGUACUCAAAUCCGGUCAACUCACGGGCAAUUUCAGCACCGGAACCGAUCUGUACGAAGAAAUUGUGAAUAAUGAAGUUCCUCCGGUUGUUCUACCGGAGGAAAUUGUUUAUCAGGAUAAACAAAUCAUAUCUGAAGAAAACAUUAAACCGAUGACUCGUAACUGUUGUGAAGAAAACGAAAUCAAAAUUAGUGAAAGUGUAAACAAAGUGUUGGAUGAUUCGGUUUCAGAUCUGGAUCUGAAAGUUUACCGGAGAAGUGAGAGUGAGAAGUUGAAGAAGAGUGAGUGUUCGGAGAAAGUUUACGGCAAGCUGAGGCGGUCGGAGACGGAGGUAGGUUGCCGGAAAGUUGAAGCUCCGGUGGAGAAACCGGUGGUCAACGUUGUUGACGAACUGAGUAAUGAAGAGUUUCAGAGGAGGAUUGAAGGGUUUAUUGCUAGACAAGUUAGGUUUCAUCAGGAAGAAAAACUGUCAAUUGUUCCACACAAUUUAAUGUGA